AUGAUGAGCCAGAAGUCCAGCAGAGCCUCCCAGGCCACCCAAGGCUCCAGUGGCCGCUCUGCCAUCGUGGUGUCUGGCCAGAGCCGCAGCAGCUCCAAGUCCCAGUCUGCCUCUCGCUCUGGGGGAGGCAGUGCCUCCUUGGCCUGUGCUAUGAUGGGGGGCACCUUUGGCAGCAGGAGCCUGUACAGCCUUGGGGGCAGCAAGAAGAUCUCGCUGAGUGUGGCCGGAGGUGCUGCCCAGGCUGGGGGUGCGACACGGGGGUGUUCGGGUGCCUUCGGGGGCAGCCUGUGUGGGGCUGGAGGAAGAGGCAUGAGAAGUGGCUUUGGAGGAGGCUCCUUCAGGGUUGGGGGGAGACUGGGCAGCUUUGGAGGAGCACCUGGUGGAGCUAGAGGCCUUGGGAGUUCGGGGAGCUUUCCCCUCGGCAUCCAGGGGGUGACCAUCAACCAGAGCCUCCUGCAGCCCCUGAACGUGGGGAUCGACCCCCAGAUUGGGGAAGUGAAGACCCAGGAGAAGGAGCAGAUCAAGACCCUCAACAACAAAUUUGCUUCCUUCAUCGACAAGGUGCGGUUCCUGGAGCAGCAGAACAAGGUGCUGGAGACCAAGUGGUGCCUCCUGCAGCAGCAGACGGCCACCUCCAAUGCCAGCGCCGAUGACCUGCAGCCCUUCUUUGAGUCUUACAUCAGCUGCCUGCAGGCCCACCUGGACAGGCUGCUGACGGAGCGGGGCCGGCUGGACGGGGAGCUGGGCACCAUGCAGGCACUCAUGGAGGAGUACAGGAGGAGGUACGAGGAAGAGGUGAACAAGCGCACAGCGGCUGAGAAUGACUUUGUGCUUCUGAAGAAGGAAGUGGACACUUCCUACAUGGCCAAAGUGGACCUGGAGGUCAAAGUGCAGAGUCUGAUGGACGAGAUCAACUUCCUGAGGCCCCUCUUUGAGGCUGAAUACAACCAGCUCCUGUCGGAAUCCAAUGACACAUCCGUCAUCCUGUCCAUGGACAACAAUAGGCACCUGGACCUGGACAGCAUCAUCGCCGAGGUCAAGGCCCAGUACGAGGACAUCGCCCAGAGGAGCAAGGCUGAGGCCGAGGCGCUGUACCAGACCAAGCUUGGAGAGCUGCAGACCACGGCCGGCAAGCACAGCGAUGACCUGAGGAGCACCAAGAGUGAGAUCGCCGAGCUCAACAGGACGAUCCAGAGGCUACGGGCCGAGAUAGAGAGCGUCGGGAAGCAGAACAGUAACCUGCAGACGGCCAUCACUGACGCCGAGAAGAGGGGUGAAACGGCGCUAAAGGACGCUCGGGCCAAGCUGGCGGAGCUCAGGGAGGCCCUGCAGCAGGCCAAAGAUGACCUGGCCCGGCUGCUGCGUGACUACCAGGAGCUGAUGAGCGUGAAGCUCGCCCUGGACGUGGAGAUCGCCACCUACCGCAAGCUGCUGGAGGGCGAGGAGUGCAGGAUGUCUGGGGAGUGUCAAAGCUCUGUGUGCAUCUCUGUGGUUCACAACACCAGCACCAUUGAGUCCGGAGCUGCCAGCCGCAAUGGCAGAGGCAGUGGCUCCAGCAUCCCCAGCUGCGGAGGUCAGAGCACAGGUCAGAGCGUCCAGACCAUCAGCAAAGUCCCUGUGGGCCAGAGCUUGGGAGCCAGCAGUGCCUCCUCUUCCUCUGCCAGAAUCAUCCAGACCAGCAGCGCCAGCAGCCAGCGCACGUACGCCAAAUUCUGA